UCCUCUAUUCAUCUCCUCUCUAUCAUUCACUCAUAACACUUUCUCAUUUCUUCAUCACCACCAUCAUCACUACCUUUUGCUGCAUAUGUAUUUCUCAACAUUGAAGAACUAUAUAAUAUAUCUCUGAUUUAGAUUCAUAUAAAGUUGUUGUUUACAUGGUGUCCUACUACACCAACAUCACAUAUGUGUUAGUUCCCUAAAAGCUACCUUUAAAGUUUAAUGCUUUUUUUAGUGGAACACUUAAUUAAGUUAUUUGUGGUGGAAGAUGGAAGAUGCUGACUUAGAUGCUGAUUUUGUGUUUGUGUUUGUGUUUUUGUUGGAAUGAAGAAAAUGAAGAUUGUGAUUCUGAGAAACUGAUUGAAGUUGGAAGAACAAACGGGGUUUAUUAGUUUUGGUGAAUUGUAUCCAAUGGAGACAGAAGCUGAAACUGGGCAGGCUCAGGUUCUACCGGUGAGGUCGACUAGGAAGAAAAUGACGAAACAGUUGACGGGGAAGCGUGACGAUACGCCUUUACAUUCUGCGGCGAGAGCAGGAGAUAUGGUUUCUUUGAAGGGGACGGUGGAUGGUGCUGAAGAGGGUAAACUGCGGGAAGUGUUUGUGAAGCAGAAUCAAGGUGGUGAAACGGCACUUUAUGUUGCUGCUGAGUAUGGUUAUGUUGAUAUGGUUAGGGAGAUGAUUCAGUAUUAUGAUCUUGCUGAUGCUGGAAUUAAAGCGAGAAAUGGUUUUGAUGCGCUUCAUAUUGCUGCUAAACAAGGGGAUUUAGAUAUAGUGAAGAUCUUAAUGGAGGCUCAUUCUGAACUGGCGAUGACUGUCGAUCCAUCCAACACAACAGCCUUACACACAGCUGCAACACAAGGGCACACUGAGAUAGUGAAAUUUCUAUUAGAAACCGGUAGUAGCUUGGCAGCAAUUGCUAGAAGUAAUGGCAAAACAGCUUUGCAUUCUGCUGCAAGAAAUGGACAUUUGGAGGUCGUGAAAGCAAUUCUGGAGAAGGAGCCUGGUGUUGUAACAAGGACUGAUAAAAAGGGACAGACGGCGCUUCAUAUGGCGGUAAAAGGGCAGAGUCUUGUGGUGGUAGAGGAGUUGAUAAAAGCAGAUCCAUCAACAAUAAACAUGGUUGAUAAUAAGGGCAAUACAGCAUUGCAUAUAGCUACCAGGAAGGGUAGAACUCAGAUUAUUAAGUUGAUACUUGGACAGAGUGAAACAGAUGGCAUGGCAAUAAACAAAAGCGGCGAAACAGCAUUAGACACAGCUGAGAAAACAGGACACUCUGAAGUAAAAAGCAUUCUAACAGAACACGGUAUUCAAAGUGGAAAAUCCAUAACAAAAUCUCAACCAAAAACAGCUGCCAGAGAAUUAAAACAAACCGUCAGCGACAUAAAGCACGAAGUCCAUCACCAACUAGAACACACUCGCCAAACGCGAAAAAGCGUUCAAGGAAUCGCAAAACGUCUCAACAAAAUGCACACAGAAGGACUCAACAACGCAAUAAACUCAACAACCGUCGUCGCAGUCCUCAUAGCAACGGUUGCAUUCGCCGCUAUCUUCACCGUCCCAGGCCAAUUCGUGGACGAUCCAAAAAAAGUUCCUAAAGGAAAGUCGCUCGGCGAAGCAAACAUAGCGCCGCAAGCUGCGUUUCUAAUCUUCUUUGUGUUCGAUUCGUUUGCGCUCUUCAUUUCUUUAGCGGUUGUGGUGGUUCAAACAUCAAUAGUUGUUAUUGAAAGCAAAGCAAAGAAGCAAAUGAUGGCUAUCAUUAACAAACUAAUGUGGCUGGCAUGUGUGCUUAUUUCUGUUUCAUUUUUGGCAUUGUCUUUUGUAGUUGUUGGGAAAAAUCAAAGGUGGCUUGCAAUUGGAGUAACCAUUAUUGGAACAACUAUUAUGGCUACUACAUUGGGGACAAUGUGUUAUUGGGUUAUUAGGCAUCGAAUUGAAGCUUCAAAUUUGAGGAGUAUACGUAAAUCUUCAAUGGGAAGCAGGUCAAGGUCUUUUUCAGUUUCAGUUGUUAUGUCAGAUUCUGAGAUAUUAAAUAAUGAGCGUACUAAAAUGUAUGCUAUUUAGAAAUUAAUAUAAUAAAAUUUUCACUUUAACUCUUUCAACAUUGUAUAUUCAACUAAGUUGAGGCUUAUCAAUGUAUAUGAGGAUUGAGUUUAUCAAUAACCCGUCUUGGUUCGAA